GUCAUGAAGAACUCUGUGGCAGCAGUUAUGGAUCUUUUUGUCUAAAUGGAGGGAUUUGUUAUAUGAUUCCUACUGUAUCCAGUCCAUUCUGCAGGUGCAUUGAGAGUUACACAGGAGCCCGUUGUGAGGAGGUUUUGCUGCCCAGCAUCAAGUCCCAAACACAAUGUGACCUGUUUGCAGCUUUCUUGGCUUCACUUCUUCUUCUAGGAGUUCUUGUAAUUGGAGUAUUCUACUUCCUUUGCAGGAAAGUUUCCAUUCCAAGGACAAGUUCUUCAGAGUGUGGUGCCAACCUGGUUGAAGCUACAAGCAGCAAUGGCUGCAACAGUGAGUACAACAGAGUGAAAUGA